AUGGCGCCCGGCAGUGGACGAGACUUCAGCUGCUCCUGGGAGCAUUGUGGAAAGUCGUUCAAUCGCAAGUCGGACCUUUGCCGACAUUAUCGCAUACAUACCAACGAACGGCCUUACCACUGUACAGUGAAAGAUUGCAACAAGAGCUUUAUUCAACGAAGUGCGUUGACUGUCCAUUCGCGUACGCAUACUGGGGAGAAACCCCAUGUUUGUGAUCAUGAAGGAUGCCACAAAGCAUUUUCCGACGUACGUCUUAACCUUAAACUCCUGUUUGACUAUGAGAGAAAUGCUGACGCGGCACAGUCCUCAAGUUUAGCCCGCCACCGGAGGAUUCACACGGGAAAGCGGCCGUAUAUCUGUCAGGAGCCAACUUGCGAACGAAGCUUUUGUCGUAAAACGACACUCACUAAGCACCAGCACCGUUCACACCCUCCCGGCACAGUAACUCGCCCUCCAUCCGAGGAUGCGACUUCCGAACAUUCCUACCAGACACCCGUCCCCGCCUCAGCUCCAAACGAUCAAUAUCUCCUUGCUCAACAGCCUUACUACCCCCACGCGCAAACUCCAUCCCAUGAUUUCUAUCCACCACCGAGUCUCCCAAUGACGCCUGUUCCUGUGCAAGAUGCGCCGCCGAUUGUAACUCAAAGUGUACCGGUAACGUCACCCGUCGAUGUGCAUCAAGCGCAACAGCAAUACAUGCAACUCAUGCAACAACGGUACGACCCAAGCCGUCAGGGGUACAGUAUUCCCCCGGAAUUCCAGCAACCCUUUCCCGGUGUUCCCGCUGUGGAAGGCCACCCGCUGAUGGUCACCUAUCCACAUAAUUUUCAAUACAAGCAACACCAGACACGCAUUCUUAACCAACCCGAGGGAACCGACUGGGGCUUCUUGGGAGUGGGCUAA